CUUUCUUGCACACUUUUUCUCUUUAAAAAGACCCAGCGCUAAAGGAAAUCAUGGGACUUCUGUCAGCUGCUGGUUACUUAGUGCUGCUUUCCUCCUUGUUUACACAUGGAGCAUUUGAAAGUGUGAAUCACUAUGAAUCAGUCAAAGAUUCUCACUCACACGCUUCUCUAGAGGUCCGGCCUGACAACAGACAACACCUCGUGGGGGAAAAGUUCACCCUUCGCUGCUCAGUGAAUGCUGGUAAUUCAACAGGCUGGAUACUGAGGAGGCGUCAAGGUGCUAAAAGGAGGUCUGGAUGUUUGCAGUUGAAUGGCACAGAAUCUAUAGACAGGCCUGAAGAAUGUCAUUUCAGUGACAUUGACAGUAAGAACAGUGGACUUUACUGGUGUGAGAAUACUGCUGAAAACAAGACAAGCAACAUCAUCAACAUCAACGUGGUCUAUGGUACAGUGAUUCUCCUGAUGAGCACACUUCGUCCAGUGAUGAAAGAGAACUCCACAGAUGAUUCAGAUGAUGAAAAGCCAUAUACAGGAACUUUGGUCUGGGUGUCGGGGCUCUGCAUCACCUUGGUUCUUCUGGUGCUUCUUCCUGUGCUCUGGUUGCUGUUUCCAGGUUUUAGAGAGAAAUUGCACGUCUGUCCAAAUAAGGCAUUUAGAAGGGAAAGGGUCCCACAGGAAAUGCCUAAAACCAAGCAGGACGUGACUGAAAUCCAGUGGGAUCUUCCCUGGAUGGAGAUGGAAAAUUUGUUGGACAAGCAACAAAAUCCUGGCAGAUGAACAUUCCACACUCCAAAUGUGGAUGUUAUCAGAUACAAACAGUCACUGUGCUUUAUAAAGUGAGUCAUGGGCAAAAUGACAGAUGAAUAAAGAGGCCGAUAUGAUAUAUGGAAGUGUUUUCAGUUGAAUAAUUGCUAUCAUAAGCUUUAGAUAUGGGGUUAGAGGUCUUUAAGGAAUAAUUACAGCAGCUGUUUUUAUUUGCAAAAUGACUAUUGAUUUGUAUUUUUGAGUGGUUUAACAUAUAAAACCUUCUGCAAAUGAUGGCAGGCAAGCUGAUGAUGAACAUGUUUUUGUAGAAUUAUGGUUAUUUUACA